GACCAAGGACUUGUAGUUCGUAAUACGCGACUAAAAAAUAAAUUUAUUAUUUAAUCAAUUUUGUGGUACCGGUGUGACGGCGUGCGCGACUUGGUUAUGGACCAUUUGGUAUAGAUAUUAGAUAAAAGAAUACUUAGAAUGUUACCGUUCUACACUUGAGUACUCAACUUACAGUCAACACUGUUUUUGAUUUUAUUAUUUAAAAUUAUUUUUUCCUUGUUUUUUGUUUUGACUGUUCCGUUUUCUGUUCAUCGCAAGCCGCAAGGUACUUGGUAAUAAUUACAGUUUAUAGGAUAAUUAUUCGCUUUUUGCCUAUUUUCCUUACCCUGCGCGCUGUUGAUACGCUAUGUUCAUCGAAAGGGGGAAACCCGAAGAAAUCCCCAAGGGGGCCAUACGUCUCACGAGAGAUGAGGUCCAGGAGUACAUGACCGACCUGAUACACAAAUGGCCAAAUACGAUGGAAUUAUGGGCGCUAAAACAUGGUAAUCCAAUUCUAUCGUCAGCCGUUGUGUUAUCAAGUACGGUCAUUUUAAAUUUUUACCGCAAAAAACUACAACUAAGGAAUUAUGGACGUUUUACUUUGUUCUUGCCAAUUGUUCUUGUCCCAUCAAUUUUCAAUCAAAUCUAUCAAAACACAGUGACUACUAAAUCAAUAAUUUUACAAGAAGAUUGUCCUAUUUGCAUCAAUACACAAUCAAUGUUCAUUCAAAUAGGCACAGGAAUUGUUUAUCCUCUGAUGAGCACAAUUGGUGGAACUUAUAUGUUUGCCAGCAAAAUGAGUACAUUCAGUUUGAAAUCUAAAGGACCUGACAUUAUUAAAGAAUUUGCUUUGCAUGUAAUGAAAAUAAGUCGUCCACUAUACAACAGACUUACUGCAUUUGUCAUUGGUCAUGCAUUAUUAAGUUAUAUGAUAAGUCAUUACCAAAUGGAUAAUUUUGAAUUUUUAAGGAUUAAAAUGUUACAACAACAAAACGAAGAAAUAGAAACAUUACGUCUAAGUGAAAAAAAUUAGUUAUAAAUAAUGAUCCACUAUGUCACUGAUAAAGUAAUUUAAUUGUAAAACUACCAAUUAGAAUCUUAAAAUAUAUAGAAUAUUUUAGCUUAUAAAACUGUUUUAUGCUUUUAAUAUAACAAAAAUAUUACGAUUCGUUUUCUUA